GCGGCUCUCACUCUCUUACUCUUGUAAACUACGUACGUGUAUAUCACCCGCCGCACUUCUUUUUCGAGUACCUGGGAGCUAAUUGGAUAUUGUUUUGCAGUCUCAGGUACCCAGUGGUUUUCAGAACAAUGUCACAAAUGGUAUGUACUUGUGGGGCGAACUCCAACUAUCAGCAACAGCAGCAGAGUGGGACAGACCAACAGACCCAGCAGCGACAAAAGCGGCCUCCAAAACCAGUGGUUGCCGCUAAGGAUGAAGUUUACGCCUUCAUCCGCGCCAGACGAGAGCACUACCCAGUGAUGAAGAACUACAUGGUGCGGGAGUCGAAGAUUAUUGAGAACUACAAGGGAACAAUUGUCGGCCUAGCUGAAAAGGUCUGUGUUCUGGAAGCCCCCUUAGGAGGGUCCAACUGGGUGUCCCCGACUACCGAGGACCCGAGAUACUGUGUGCUGGUCAUCCGCUUUGAUAGCAUGAGGAACGCCAACCUGUGGAGCUUCUCUGAUCCUAUCUUCAAGCAACAGGACUGUUUACCUCCAAAUGAGAUGAUCGAGGGAUUUAUUGUGCCCAUGAAGCACCUUCCACCAGAUGACUGUAAGACCUUCACCAUGAUGAACAUCCGCAAUGUGCGUGACGCCCAGGCUUUCCAGGAGUGUUACAUCGACGAGGUGGUCCCACUACUGGACGACAACAACGUGGAACAAGGGGUCGUAUCGACUGAUGAAGUUCAGCCACUGCGCAGGUCCUGGGUUAAGAGAGGAGACUUCAUCUUUGUACAUCAGGCCAGACGACCAGACAGCUUGAUUAAUGUCUUCAACUCAGAGGCUUACUCUCGCCUGCGUGCUGACCGGGAGAAUUGGGCAGAGUGCGAAACCCUGAUGUUCACCGUCAGCCGAGAGCCCUUCCGUUCUGCCAGAAGACGCUAGAUGAAGACUACAAGUACCUAGCCAGACGCACAGCGACUUGUAAGUGAAUUCAAGAGCUACCCUCUGGGGCCUCAUUGGCAAAGUUUUCGUGACGUCGCCUUCGCAUAACUACAUUUCCGACAUUUGUCAAUACCACCAUUUAUGUUCCAUGAGGUGAAUGCUUGAGUUCAGUUACGAUAGCAAACGUGUGACAUAAGCGUUUGACAGGAACAGAUAGUAUAUCUGACAAAUGUACAUUUCUUAAUGUACAAAAAUUACUGAUACCUCAAAGUAUUGUUUUGGUGAACCAACUGUAGUGUCGGGAGAAAAAAAAACCCACAGACGAAGGCACGUAUAUAGUAUUAUCAGGCGUACACGUGGUAUUAUAAAGGUAGAAGUAUGAUUAAACAUUUCACACCUAGAUACUUUGACAGUCUAGGCUGUUUAAAUGAUAAAUUCAUGGUAAUCCUGUCUUUAGGGCUUGUAUGCACAAUAGAACCCGAUUCAUAACGUCCAAGAGGCGAGUAUAACAAACUGCUCUUCCCUUAGGCCUACUGCGCAUAUUUUUACACUGAUCCAUGGGUGGAUUACAGAAUCUCUAGAGGUGGGUGGGUAAUAGGAGAUGAGGGGGUGAGGGGCUUUCUGUAUUUGCAUGUAUAUGUUGUUUUUAUACUUUUUUGCUUCCCCUUUACGUAAUCAAAACGAGAGUUGCUGUUGAUCUGUGCUGAUUGCUUCCGUAUACAAUCUUAUAGGCCUAUAUUAUUUUUCGUUAUUAUUUUUUGAAAGUCAAACUACAUUCCAUCUACAUUCAGUGAGUUCAGGUGUGAAAAAAAUACAUAUGUACGCAUGUACCUAACAAUACGCAAUUAUUAACAUUUCCAAGAUUUUGUUGUGAACAUUUCAUGCAUGUGCAUUGGAAUUAUUUCGCCGUUUGGUGGGACAUUUACCUAUCCGGCUUACAGGCCUAUAUUACCGACAACGUCGCUUCACCUCUUACGUAACGAUUAACCUGUUCUUCAUUCAUCUGACUUAAGCCUUGAUGCCAUGACAGUUUUACAUAAUAUGCUUGUUUAUGUUGAUGUAUUCUUCAUAUAUUUUAAACCACAGAGGUGGAUUUAUGAAUUAUGAAAAGCAUGAAAAGUUUCCACUUUACAAUCUACCUUAAUUCUCUUCCAGACAAUUAUCCAAAUGUCUAUACAUGUAUGUUUCCUUCUUAGACCUCCAAUAAUGCAUGAUUAUAUACAUAUCGAUCUGAUCUAAUUGAUGUAGUACGAUUGUAUAUCGCCGCCAUCUUGUAGAUAAGGGAUAAAUUAUUCUUCUAUUUUAUGAAUAUAUAUAAAUAUAAAACUG